CGCUGGCUCUCGCAAAACCUGCAACAACUCCAGGAUGGCGCUCACUUGCUGGUUCGCGCUUGCGGUGGCGAUGGCCCAGGGGCAGCUGACGCUGCCCCCGGUUCCCUUCGCUGCCACGCUGCCCCCUGCCAUCAAUACUGCGACAUUUCCCCCGGCGUUUCGCUCCGGCGAUCUCACGCUGCCUCCGGCGUUUGCCACCCCUGCCGACCUGCAAGGUGUAUGCGGAAGCCAGCUGACGGCCUUCAGCGACUGUGUCUUCGCGGCGUCGGACGCAGGAUCCGCCACGGGCGACGACGACUUCUUCGUAAACGGCGUCACCCUGGACGAGGACGACCCGGUGGAGACCUGCGAGGACGCGCAGAGGGUCGUGACUGGGCAGUGCGGAAAGGGCUCCAGCGUGUGCCAGGUGUCGUACGAGGCGUACGUCGUGUGCGUGUACCAAAACGAGGUCAAGACCCGCAGCGACCAAGACUGCGCCUUGAGUUGCGGUUGGGAUUGUAAGUCGUGCGAUGCUGAUGACAUGUGGGACGUCAAAUGCGGAGCAUUCUCAAAAGAGUCUAACAAAUUUGGCAAGUGGUACGCGUACCCCGGGUUGUCUGGUGUCUGCCACAAAGACACUUGCUGCGCCUCGGACAAGGAGGACUGCUGCGAGCCAGAUGCCGGGAAAAUAGCCGGUCUCGUGUGCGGCAUCAUCGCGUUCUUCUGUAUUGUAGGCGUGGCCAUCUUCAUCAUGAAAAAGAAGCCCCUUCCACAAGAUGACGGUCCGCCGCCGCUUAAGGAGAUUACGGAGAUGACCAAGGUCUAGACCCGCGCCUCACAAUUCGCGGCUCAAUUGCACCUCCAGCUCACUCAUCACAAGCCCCCACGCCACCCCUGGGACGUCGUUUCCCCUCCAGCUCUUGACUCGCCCUACGACCUGACGCUGUUUGAGAAUCAUACUAAUUUACCGC